UUUUUAGGGCAAACUUAUAACAAUGUUUUCCGAACAAUUGGUACUAAAGCUAAAAUUAAAAAAUGGUUGUGAUGAGCAUAUACCAUCUCUUACCCAGUGGCUACAAGUAGUUGGUCUAGAGAAGCCAAGUAUUCUUAGUUUGUGUCAGAGGAUAUCUUCAGUAGAAGAGCUGCAAGAAAAAUCUGAUCAUGAAUUAAAAUAUAUUCUAAGUGACAAAGGUUCCAAGCCUGAAGAAUUCACUAAGCUAUGUAGAGCAUUACAUAAUUUGAAAAAAUAUGUUGGUAAGCUAAAAAGAGGUGAUAAUGAUUGUAAUGACACUUCUGAUCUUCAUUGGGAUUCUUGGGUUCCUGAUCACCAUCAUCAAGUUAAGACAGGACUAUCUCCAAGGCCUGGUCGUUCGAGGGCUGCAAGAACCUCUGUCCCUUCAGAAGAGAGUCUUGGUUUGAUUAAUAACAUUAAUAGGGGAGGUGCGAUCAUCCCUCCUUCAUCUUCAGUGUCUAGUAUUGACACUUUGAAUGCUCAGUGUAAUGUGCUCGGACCUCCUUUAACUCCUCCUGGUCAAGGAAGGGGGAAAGUUCGAACAAAAGAAAUUUUAAGGAAUUCAGUAGCGAAUAUUCCCUCCUAUGGCAGUGAUAACGGCUUGCAAACAACGAGGCAUGUUUUGAAUCAGAUUUUGGAUGACUUUCCUGCACCAGUAUGUCACGAAGUUCUCUAGGAUUUCUGGGAACCGAAACAUGGCUCCGCAAACGUCUCCACAUCUCAUCCCAAGCAUGUUCGUUCGGAUUCAAAUCCGGACUUCGAGCAGGCUAAACAAAUGGCUGAUUUGAACCUCGUCAAGAUAAGCAGUAACUAUCCGAGCAGUGUGGGGCCGUGCAUUAUCAUGCAUAAAGAUUGCGUCUUCUCCAAGAAUAACCAUAAACGGUAAAACAUGGUCUUAUACAACCUCUGUCAGGUACCUAUGCGCAGUCAAAGUCUUAUUCUGGAUAAAUACUAACUCCGUGCGAGCUCCAAGAGAUAUGCCUCCCCAUUUUAUAACUGAG